UAUAGAAGCCAUGAAAUCGCUUAUAACGUCAAUCGCUGAUAUCAACCUUGUUGACGAAGACGGCAGUACAUUACUUAUAAAAGCUGUUCAAUCAAAACAAAUUGAGAUCGUCAACUUUCUUAUAGAAAAGAAAGUAAAUAUCGACCAAGCAGAUGAUUCUCAGAGUACAGCUCUUCAUUAUGCCUGCAGUUCAAAUAAUCUGGAAAUAGUAAAAUUACUUGUGAAUGCAGGAGCUAAAGUUGAGGGCUAUAAUAAUGAAAGUUCGACUCCUUUCUCUGAGGCAUGUAAGACAUCAAAUAUAGACAUGAUGAAGCUUCUUAUCAAGGCAGGCUCGGAUAUAAAUUGUGUAGAUACUUAUCAACGAACGCCUCUAAUAAACUAUAUUAAGGAAGGAGAUCACAGCGAAUUUCUCAUGAACUCUAUUAUAGAACGUAACUUUGCCACCACACAAUUUUUGUUAGAACAUGGAGCUGAUAUUUCAAAGGUGGACAUAGACGGAAUGACAGCCUUAAUGUGGGCAGCUAAAAUAAAUAACGAAAACUUCCUCGAUCUUUUGCUUGAUUUUAAACCAAAGGUAAACUGUGUUGACCUACAACAGAUGACAGCAUUUGCUUAUGCGGUGAUGAGCCUUAACGUAAAGAUGGUGACCAAGUUGAUACAAGCUGGAGCUGAUGUUAACAUCGCGUCUAAUUGUCAAGUCAAAUGCAAUAAAAAAUUUGAUGUUUUUAAUACUGUAAAAUAUUUAAAUGAAAUGCAUGUAAAAGUGAUAAAACCUUCUAAUGGUAAAAACACACCGCUACAUAUAGCUAUAUCGGGAUGUCGGGGAAGAAACAGCAACAUGAUUAUUGACUUACUGUUAAAAUCUGGAGCCAAUGUAAAUGCAGUGGAUGAGAAUGGUAGAACACCUUUACAUUUGGCAGCUUGUAUAGGAGAUCAAUCAAUGGCAGAAGCUUUGAUUCGACGUGGUGCCAAAAUAAAUGUUGUGGAUAAUUUCGGCAUCUUCCCACUCCAUAUUUCAAUACUGUACAAAUACCACGAGUUAACCCAAUGUUUGAUUGAGGAUUAUAGAGGUUUAUUUUAUCUUAACCGUGAUUCUCUAAGCUCGUCUUUAUACCUUGCUGUAUUGUAUGAUGAUACAAGUCUUGUAGAAAGUUUGUUCAACCAUGGCGCACGUGUUAAGAAAGGCAGCGGUGCGGAGCUGCUGAUUUCACUAGAACAUGCAAAUUAUGACGUCACAUUAGAUUUACUAGAACAUGGAGCUGACGCUAAUGUCAAAGAUAGUGACGGAAUACCAGCACUAUUGAAAGCUAUCAGAAUUGCAAGUCCUGAUUCAUCAGUGACUAGAGCAAAUGCAUUUGGUUUAAACCGUCUAGCUUCUUUAUCUGGUAAUGGUCUUAUGUUAAAACAUAACUACGCAAAAUGGUAUACGUGUUCGUUUGAUUUAUUUAACUCAUUUCUAGAUAACGGAGCUAAUGUUUCAGCUACUGACAACAAAGGUAACACCUGUCUACACGCAGCGGCUAAGUUUUGUGGCAAUAGUAACUUGCAGUUGUUUGUAGCCUACGAAGCUGAGGUCAAUGUCCAGAACGCAAAAGGUGAGACGCCGUUAAUGAAAGCGUGUCGUCGUGGUAAUGUUGAGGCUGUCAGGUAUCUUCUUUUUGUUGGAGCUGAUGUUAUGUUGGUGAACGAAAACCGGGAUACAGCGCUGCACCACGCAGUGAUUUCUGCCAGAAGAGAAAACCAUGUGAAAAUGGUUGUAUCUACUACAAAUGCUUACGUAAAAAGUAAGACUUCUGAUAUUGUUGAAAUGCUAGUGGGUUUGGGAAUUAACAUACACGCCCGUAAUAGAGAAGCCGAUAUCAAUAUAAGAAAUAAUCGAGGUGAAACAGCUUUACAUCGUGUCUACGAUGUCGAAAUAGCACGUGCAUUAUUGGACAGGGGUGCAGAGAUGAUUAUUUCAACAGAAGGACAAACAGCACUCAUGUACGCUGCAACUUCUGAUAACUUCGAGCUGGUUCAACUGUUAAUAGAGCGAGGUGCAAAUAUCAAUGUUCAAGAUAAUGAAGGAAGAAAUUGUUUAAUGAAAGCAUUGAGGAGAUGUAGACAAUUUAACUAUGAUAUUUUAAAAUUUCUUAUAAUGAGUGGAACAGAUGUUAAUGCAAGUGACAAAACGGGCCAGACUGCCUGUAUGCUAGCCGUUAUCAACGAUUGUUUUGUGAUUGUAACUACACUCCGAAUGUUUGGGGCUGAUUUGAACAAAGUGGAUAAAGAAAACAGAUCUGCUCUUGUUCAUGUUUUAUUAAACAAUCGCAUAGAUAGAAUGAGUUAUAUUAUGGAAGUUUUAAAACUAGGAGCUGACAUUGUGGUCGAUAGUCAGUACAGAUAUUUAGUUCAAUCUGUGACAAAAGAAUUCGAAGAUACAACAAUAACAAGCGAACCCUGGCCACUGGUCAAACUAGCUUUUAUUCAAGUCUCCACCUUAAUUGGGACUGGACCUAUGAGAGAAGAAAAACUAAAACAGACCAAACUCCCACCAAGAUUACAGAGAACGUUAAUGUUUCAAGAACCAAUAUCAAGAUUACCUGUAGAAGACUGGUCUAAAAUACCUCUUUGUUUUGACCCAGUGCAGUACGAGACUUUACCCUGUCCUAGACCUUUACUCUACUACUGGCCUGUUGGGCAUAAGCUGGUUAUCUGA